GCACGCGACACAGUCAGUCUAGUCCUGAUCUUUGUCUGAUACAGUUAGCUAUACAGUUGGCACGUGUUCCUUCAGCGGGUAUUGCACAGUUGCUCCUACAAACGACAGACAACAAAAGUGAAUAAGUGUGAACUCAUUGCUAGUGCAAUUAGCAUUAUUGUUACAGUUCUUCUGUUCCCGUGUCUUUCGCUACAGUUGCUCAUUGAAGUUGUAACAAUAGCUCAAUACUUGAGUUCGAGACGGGUCUACCGAGAGGGAAAGUAACGUCGGCCAAGCAAGGCGAGCAAAGGCAAAACCAUGCCAGCUGAUUCAUUUUCAAGAAUGGACUCGUCGGGGUCCGCAGCAGAGUCAUCGUCGUCCAGCGAGGCGAAAGACAUUCCGGCCAACAUCGAAGCUGCCAUUCUGAGGGCUCGUACCGAGAGCGAAGGCUCCGAUAAAUCCGGUCCAACUCGAUUCGUGCUCCCCGGAACAUCUGCCAGUCCGCCGAAAAUACUCACUCUGGAUGAGGUUCAGGACGCGGUAAAGAACAUCGAAAAUAUGACCCUAGCUCACGAAAUUGCAAUCAACAGUGACUUCAAACUGCAACCGUACGAACCCCCGGAGAACUCACUGGAGCGGAUCAUCAAGGACACUAUGCACAAGGCGUACUGGGAAGUCCUGCGGGAGCAACUUGGGCGUCAGCCGCCGUGCUACGAUAUGGCCAUCCAAUUGUUGGCCGACAUCAAGGAUGCCUUCCAGAGUGUUCUUAGCAAAAACAACGAACGUGCCCUAGCCAGGAUCAAUGAGAUCCUGGAUGAAACUGUGAUACGCCAACAGGCCGAACAAGGUGUGUUGGAUUUUCAAGUCUACGCCAAAUUUGUGAUUCACAUUAUGGCACUCUCAUGUGCACCGGUGCGUGAUGAACAGAUUGCCAAGCUGAAAGAAAUCCAAGACGUCGUAGAACUGUUCCGCGGAAUCUUGGAGGCCUUGCAACUGAUGAAGUUAGACAUGGCCAACUGUCUACUGGAUGCCGCCAGAAACGACGUCAUUGCAAACUCGGUUGAAUAUGAGAAACAGAAAUUCAAGCAAUUCCUCGAGCUUUACAAGGAUGGUUUUCCGGAAACGGAGAAAUGGCUCAAACGUAACCAAGUGCUGGAACAAACUGCCCAAAGUGAACAAGCUGCGGCCGGUCCGUCGGCUCCUGGCAGCGAUAGUCAAAAUCGUCGCUCAAAGGAUACAAUUUUCAAUGCAUACUUGGAACUUAUCGACUGGAAUACGGAAAACGAAUUCCCGGAAAUGUUGGAAAUGGAUCGGGACAGGGUGAUCGGUCUUCAAGGACGUGCCUCUCGAUUAUGCACUUGCGCAUCUACGCUUGCCAUUACGUGCGCUGCCAUUCCUUCGAUCGCUCAAGCUGCCGAUGUUCGUAAAAAUCUCGCCAAAGAGUUGGGAAUUCUACUGCAAAACUGUAACAACACUAAAGACCUUGAUGACAACAUCGAAAACAUUUGGCUCCAUGUCCGAUCGGUGAUCGUCACCCGGUUGCAGGAGCUCAACCAAUCCAAACUGGACGAACCAGUGGAAAGUGCGCUCAAAACGCAGAUCCUUCAAAUCGCCAAAAAGGAGUCUCCGGUGCGGAAUCUAAUGUGGAAACGCUUGCUAACCUACAUUCAGCUGGUGCUAAGGACGAACAGUUCCAUUCCAGCGCCGCCCGGAUUCCAGGAGUUCGCGGACGAAAUCGAGAGUUUGGCCACGGCGUUCAAGCGUAUUUCCUACUACAACUAUGCAGUCUACGGAGAGUAUUAUCAUGAAAUCUUAAACAAAGCGUAGAGUGGGUGCGAGUCAGUCGAUAUCGUCAUCACACGUAGGUUCUUCCUUGUAGCAGUAAUCGCCACUUACAUCUAUUUGUGUGUAGUUUUUCAUGUUUCGUACUGAUCAUUACGAAAUAGAUUAGUAUACAAAAUUAACUUGAAUAUAAUAUAUACACCAGUAGUAGGUAAAUUUUAGGACAUUACCCGUCAUCUGGAAAGAGCAAUUUGUGAGUUCGAAAUGUGAUAGAAUGAAGAAAAAAUACUUUUAUUUCUUGAAAGAGUUGAAUAACUGUUUUGCAGAUGUUGGAUGGAAUUAAGGAAAACUAACAACAGGUUCAAUGCUUUUCUCUGUGCAGUACGCAUACUAACCAAUAAUAUGCCUGCAUACAACCGUCAAACACUGCUACAGCUGAAAAGGCUGGGAUACGUUAAGUCGCCUUCAUCCCGUUUAUUGAUCUUAACUAUAAUCGUACUAUGAAAAAAACAGUUGAACAGAAAUGUUCGA